AUGUCUUGCAAGGCCAACAGCAAGAGAGCAAAGUCACCCACACCUCCACCCCCUGUAUCCAAAACCAGAGGACGAAAUGAAGUUGCUUCAACAUUACAGGUCCCAGAUGAGCAAUAUGAAGAAUUCUUGAAAUUUCAAGCACAGAAGAAGAAGGAAGCGGAGUGCAGUCAUAAAGAAGAUGUCAGGAAGAAAGUUGAUACCUUUAUGGAUGAAGAGAGCGACAUUGAGCAGGAGGUCUUAACAGACAAAAAGAUAAAAAGAGGAUCAGACGUUGAAGUCAACAAUCAAACACUGGCAGAUAGUAGUGGUGAAGAGGGGGAUGAUAGUAAUUCUACUGCAACCACAGAAGUUAGGAGAACUAAUGGGCUUAUUCAGGUCAAGGAUGAGUCCACGGACGACACCACAGAUCGUCUCAGGAGGAAAUGUGUCCCCAAAGGCGACGUCAAACCACUAACUACUCUAGCUUCAUUGAAGAAGGACGGAUGUGGACCCUUCAUUGAUCUCGCUCACCAGCUCCUUCGAAUCAAAGUUGCUUUGGAAGUUGCUUUUCCUGGACCUUCGGUAGACAUCCAAGAUUCCUUCACAUGGGACUGCAUCAAGGAAGCAGCCAAGGAUCCAGGCUCACCCUUGAAGCCCAUGCUUGAUAUGAUUGGCAGUGACGAUGUUCUAAAAAGCAGGGCCAUAGCUUAUGUGUGGUCUGGUGCUAGCCAGUUGAGGGGAGAGCUGGUUAGAAAGGCGAGAGAUACUGUGAUAUUUCAGUUACAGCAAAUGCAUCCUAAGGAAAUCGGUGAUAUCGCCAACUGGCUUCUUACUACCAAGAAGGACCCAUUUUUCUGUGGUGAAUUGGACCUCAAAGCCAAGACAUUCAACAAGAACCUGCCUUUCAGAGCAUCACUGCUGCAUCAGCUUCUUUAUAGCCAAAAUUUCCAAGGACCAGGAUCUGAGGGCGUAGCAUAUAUGGAAUGCUUCCAGAAACUUCCCAACAAUCUCAUAGCUCUACUAGCUACUGCGGGAGAAUGUGCUUAUAAAGGCAUGUUAACCGGUUCACCUGUUGUUGUCGACUUCAAGGAACCAAUAUUCCAGCCCAGACAUCAGUAUUAUAUGUCGAAGCUCAAUUCUUACCAAGAACGCUCUCCUAUGUAUAUGGAAAAGCUGUGUAAGGAUCUCUGGACUGAAUUAGGGUAA